ACUCUCUGCUAAUCCCUUUCCAAUAAAAUUUCCCUUUCCUAAUUUUCCCCCUUCUUCUUCACUUCGAAGUUCAUGGCGUCUACUUCUGUUCUUCCCGUCCCCGGGAGUUACAGUGAAAUGCAGACUACAAUUAGCAGUGUUCCUUUUGGUAUUUCGUGUGGACUGGAUCCCCAAGUGGGCGAUUUUAGUUUACAAACCCAAUACAAGAAAAGAAGAAUAUCUCCGAAAAAUGAUGAUGAAUCGUGCGAGUUUUUACGAGAGAUUGAGUAUUUAUUACCCAUUUUGAGUUUGGAAGAUUACUAUGUGAAGCCUUCAUUAACUGAUUUAGCUUCCCAAGAACUUAGUGAUCCUGGUUAUUGCAGUCGUGUUCCGGGUUUUACAGUUGGGAGAAUAGGUUUUGGAUGUGUUAAGUUUCUUGGGACUACGGAUGUUAGGUGGUUGGAUGUAAAUAAGAUUGUGAAGUUUCGUAGGCAUGAGAUUGUUGUAUAUGAAGAUGAUAGUGACAAACCAGAGGUUGGUCAAGGUCUAAAUAAGGCUGCUGAAGUGACUUUGAUUCUACAAGUAAGAUUACAUGACUUAAACAAAAGGCGGAUUCAAAAUGUGGUAAAGAAAUUGAAGGAGAAUUCUGAGCAGCAGGGAGCUAAUUUCAGCUCAUUUAACCCGGAAAAUGGUGAAUGGAAGUUUUCAGUUUCCCACUUCAGCAGAUUUGGUUUGAGUGAUGAUGACGAGGAAGAUAUCACUAUGGAUGAUGUUGCAGCUGUUGAAGAACCUGUUGAAAUGAUCAAUGGUGAGACAUCUGAUGCAAAUAAAGCAACCCGUGCAGAAUUUGAUCCAACUGGUCCUAUGCUUUAUCAUUCUCUUCCCACACAUCUUGGCCUUGAUCCUGUAAAAAUGAAAGAGAUGAGGAUGUUAAUGUUUCCAGUUGAAGAAGAAGAAGAAGAAGAAGAAGAAGAAGAGAUCGGGAAUUUGAGCAGUCACUCACAGCAGAAACUGUCAUCUAGUAAAGACAGUGGAAGAUAUCCUUUGCAGAAUUCCACUCAGAAGACAAGCCAGAGAAGUAGUGCUCUUGCUAUAAGGAAGAUGCCACUGGCUCUGCUCGAUUAUAGAGCUGGUAGUUUUGACUCCAAUUCCCCUGGUAAUAUUUUGAUGGCCCAGCAAAAUAAGGGCCUGCCUUUAAAGACUGUAAGAGAAGGAUUUAAUCUGGACCUUAAGCAUGAAACACCAGUAACUGGAAGCUAUUCACGCAACAUAGUUGAUGCUGGUUUGUUCAUGGGUAGGUCAUUCCGUGUAGGGUGGGGUCCAAAUGGUGUGCUUGUUCACUCUGGGGCUCCAAUUGGAUGUAAUGGAUCUCAAAGGCAAUUAUCAUCUAUAAUUAACAUAGAGAAGGUUGCAUUUGACAGAGUGGUUAGAGACGAAGAUGACAAAGUUAAUAAGGAUCUCGUUGAGCUGUCUUUUAACUGUCCUUUGAAUCUCCAUAAAUCUAUAAAUCAUGAAAUUAAAGAUGUGGAGGUGGGGUCCUUCAAACUAAAGCUUCAAAAGGCUGUCUCUAAUCGUAUAAUGCUUUCAGAGAUUUGUCGGAGUUAUAUAGAUAUCAUUGAGAAGCAGUUGGAGGUUCCGGGGCUGUCAUCACCUGCGCGAUUGGGGUUGAUGCAUCAAGUUAUAGUCUGGGAAUUGAUAAAAGUUCUUUUCUCUGAAAGGGAAAGUAGUGGACAGUCGAAGUCUAUGGAUUCUGACAAUGAGGAGGAUAUGAUGCAGGAUAUAAAAGAAGGUUCUUUGGAGAUUGACCAGGAAGCACUUCCUCUUAUCCGAAGAGCAGAGUUUAGCUGUUGGUUGCAAGAAAGUGUUUGCCACCGUGUCCAAGAAGAUGUGAGCUCUUUAAGUGAAUCUAGUUAUCUUGAACACAUUUUCUUACUUCUAUCUGGGCGACAACUGGAUGUAGCUGUGGACUUAGCCAUCUCUAGAGGAGAUGUUAGGCUGGCUUGUUUGUUAAGUCAAGCUGGUGGAUCCAUGGUAAACCGCAAUGAUGUCGCACGGCAGCUUGAUCUUUGGAGAGUCAAUGGGAUGGACUUCAAUUUUAUCGAGAAGGAAAGAGUCAGGCUAUAUGAGUUGCUUUCUGGUAACAUUCAUAAUGCAUUAAAUGGUCUGAACAUCGACUGGAAGAGGUUCUUAGGUUUAUUGAUGUGGUAUCGCCUAGCACCUGAAACAUCUUUGCCCAUUAUUUUUCAAACUUAUCAGCAUCUUCUUGAUGAUGGCAAGGCUCCAUAUCCUCUGCCCAUUUACAUUGAUGAAGGACCAGCAGAAGAGGUUGUAAACUUCUCAGGAAGGCAUUUUGACCUCUCAUAUUAUCUUAUGCUUCUUCAUGCUAAAGGAGAGAGUGAAUUUGGCUUCCUGAAGACCAUGUUCAGUGCCUUCUCUUCAACAGAUGACCCACUUGACUACCAUAUGACCUGGCAUCAGCGAGCUGUGCUGGAAGGGGCUGGUAUUUUAGCUUCCAAUGAUCUUCAAGUUCUUGACAUGGGGCUUGUUUCUCAGCUACUGUGUAUUGGACAAUGUCAUUGGGCAAUCUAUGUGGUGCUUCACAUGCCCUACUGUUAUGAUUAUCCAUACCUCCAAGCUACAGCUAUUCGGGAAAUUUUAUUUCAGUACUGUGAAACUUGGAGUUCAGAUGAAUCACAACGCCAAUUUAUUGAGAGCCUUGACAUUCCACAGGCAUGGUUGCAUGAAGCUAUGGCAGUGUACUUCAAUUAUUAUGGAGAUCUUUUCAAAGCGCUUGAACACUACCUUGAAUGUGCAAAUUGGCAAAAAGCUCAUUCUAUUUUCAUAACUUCAGUUGCCCACGAAUUGUUUUUAUCAGCCAAUCACUCGGAGAUAUGGAGGAUUACAACUUUAAUGGAGGAUUACAAGUCUGAAAUUGAAAAUUGGGAAUUGGGAGCUGGAAUUUAUUUAUCAUUCUAUUUGAUAAAAAGUUCAUUUCAGGAAGGCUUCGAUACUAUAAGUAAACGGGAAUCUCCUGAGAGCAAAAGUUCAGAGUGCAGGAAUUUCCUCAGUCAUCUGAAUGAAUCAUUGGAAGUUUUCAGCGACCGUUUACCAAUUAAUGCAAGAGUAGCAUACUCAAGGAUGGCAGAAGAAAUUAGUGAAAUGCUUUUAUCUGUUGCCGCCAAUGAUUCAACACGCGAAGAUCAAUUAAGUUGCUUCGAUAUUGUAUUUAAUGCUCCAGUUCCAGAAGACCUGCGCUCCAAUCAUCUGCAGGAUGCCGUCUCUCUCUUUACAUGUUAUCUCUCAGAGAUGCCUGCUUAGCGGUCCCUCAAUUUCGAAUUUGAUCCAAAAAAAGUUGGGCAAAUGCAGCAUUUCCCAUUGUAAGCUUGCUCUUGUAAUCGAUUUUGAUUUUAUAUUUGUAGAAAUAGUCAUUGCUUACGCUGUUUGGAAAGUUUUAGAAACUACAGGUAAACUCCUAGCUGAGAGUUCGUGGCAAUGUUUGUCCAUUCUUAAAAGGAAUGAUUAUUACUAAUUAUUGUGAAAUUCAAAUGAGAUCCAUAUAAUCAUCACAUUAGUUUAAUGAUGUAAUUUACAAUUAUUUUCAAUCAAUGUACUAAUUGCUAUGGUAUUUAGUUAA